GCAGCCUAUACGAACUGAAAGCCCACGAGCAGAAGCGAACAGCCGAAGAAGAGCAACAACCAUAGCAACGGUCUAUAACAAGUAUGGCGGCGUUCGUCUUUUUAGCUUCGGAUUUUUUUUUUAUUUUCCUUUUGAUUGUUACUGUAAAUUCUAACGAAAAUUCGACGAGCAGUUAUUUUAACUCGACUGCGUGGGAUGACCUAAACUUCACAUCUGGAACGACGUUUGUUGCAUCCACGGAGUCGACGGUGUUGAGCUCAACAACCCGGACCUCCAGCGGUACGGAGCCGCCGCCUCUGCCCGCCGAGCCCCUGCCUGUCUCCGGCCGCCUCCCCACUCCAGUGACCGCUGUCGACACGCUGUGUCCCUGUGAUGAGCACACGGACGCGUGUGACAUCAGCUGCUGCUGUGAUGCUGACUGUCAGCAGGAGGUGGCGCUGUUCACCAGCUGCUCAGUCACUGACGUGAGUGACAGCAGGCAGCUGUGCAGCCGCGGCGUGGCGAGCUACGCUUUGAGAACACGAAUUGACGGUUUUUCCGAGCUUCUCACCUCCAUCAAAAAGGAGACAAACUAUGACCUUUUCUGCAUCCAUUCAUACAACCGCGUGGACGGGUUGUCUCUUCCUCCGCCGGCUCUUCCCACCGACAGAAACUUCCAGACUCUCUUUCAACGGUUCAGCAGCUUCAUGUUUGGCGCUCAGAGCAGCGACCAGGAGCUUCCCGCUCAAGUCCAGAGCUCACCUGGAUACCAGUUUGGAGAUGUCCUGAGGACUGCAGACGAGAGCGGGCAGGGGGGGGUGUUUUACCUGCCUGCUGCAGGCAUCACUGCUGCCUGUGUGGACAAGAGUCCAGCAGCGUUCCUAAAGGAUCAGCAGAGCCGGUGUUCCCGACGCGUGAUCCUGGAGACGGACUGCAGCUCCCUGCCUGCUCUCAGCAUGGACUCAUACUCCAACAUCCUGCUGCUUAAUGGGAAGAAUCAAGAUGCAGCAGUGGUUCCUGUGGACGUAUCCUCCGUGGUGCUUCGGUCCACAGAAGGAACUCAGUCUGAGCUGACGGUCGGCGCCGGAGAGGACCUGCGUCCUGUUCUCCUCAGCACCGGCGUCUGCGCCCGUGUGGCGCUGAAGGUAGUUUAUGUGAUCCGGUACAACGCGGCGGGCGAGGUGGUGAACGCUGCCGUCUCCGUGGUGCUGGGGUUCAUCCGCGGAGCUUCGGUGCUGCUGGAGCAGGAGUUCCAGGCUACAUUUGUCCAGGACGGCGGCGAGCUGGCUCUUCGUCUCAGCGGAAAUCCCGGCUAUGUGGUCGGACGCCCUCUCCUGUCUGGAACGAAAACCGCAGAAGGGAUCAGCAGAAGCACGGAGCUCAGAGAUGCUCUGUCUCUGCUCCACAGCUCCGCCGAGCAGGACUGCCUGCGUGGUCCUCACCGGCGCUCCCCGGUCCUCUUCGGUGUGAACGCCGUGUCCGGCUGCACGCUGAGGCUGGAUGACGCAGCCAACUGCUCGCUGGUCCUUCAGCAGCUCCUGGACGUCCUCAGAGGACCAAACUACCCGCAGUACGUGGCUUCCUUUGGAAACUCCCCGCUGAACAAGCAGCUAGACUGGGUCUCCAUCCAGAGCAGCUUCAGUCCUGUGGAGGACCAAAGCUGCAGCCUCCCGCUCUCACUCCAUCUAGAGAUCGAAUGGACCAAAUAUGGAUCCCUGGAGAACCCCCAGGCCCAGAUAGUGAGCAUCCGGGAGAUCAUUCAGACCAACAGCAGCAGUUUGCCUCUGCUGAGCGGCGGCGGCGGCAGCCUGCCGGUCAGAAGCUCUGUGGCCUUCGUUCCAGUUUCUGCAGACGCACUUCCUGGUUACAGAGCCACGCCCACCAUCGACGCCAAACUUCCCUUCAACUUCUUUUUCCCCUUUGUUUGAACAGACGCCUGCAGGCUUUGUGGUGUAAUUUAUGUAAAUAAGAUUUGAUAAAUUAUUUUUUUCAAUCAAAAGUCUUAUUUAAACCUGUUUUUGUUUUUUAACCAAAAAAAAGGCAGAAAGGAGAAGUUCAAGUUAUAAAUCUUUAGGAGUUUUUAGUUCCAGAGACACAGAAAUCUCACUUUUGGGGGGGGGGGGGGGGGGGGGGGG